AUGAAGAUGCACUUCUGUAUUCCGGUGUCCCAGCAGCGGCCUGACGCACGGGGGGGCCGCUACGUGCUGUACUCCGUAUACCUGGACGGAUUCCUGUUCUGUAGGGUACGCUACAGCCAGCUGCAUCAUUGGAACGAGCAGCUGAGGCGGGUCUUUGGAAACUGCCUGCCACCCUUUCCACCAAAGUACUAUCUGGCAAUGACCACGUCUAUGGCUGACAAGAGGAGGGACCAGUUGGAACAAUACUUGCAAAAUGUAACCGCGGACCCACAUGUGUUGAGAAGUGAUGUCUUCACUGAGUUUUUGAAACUGGUACAGCUGGACACAUUUAACAUCAUGGCCAAGAAAGCAUCUCUGGAUGUACUUCUGCCUGAUGGAAGGAGCAUGAAAGUGGAAAUCCUCACAUCGGAUACUGCUGAAAGAGUUCUAGAGGUGGUGUCACACACACUUGGACUGUGUCAGGAGCUCUUGAGCUACUUUGGCCUCUUUCUCAUUCGGCUCUGCAAGAAGGGCAAGCUCUCUGUGGUGAAAAAGUUGGCGGACUUUGAAAUCCCUUACAUUAGUCUGCAAAGUUUGCAAGUAGAAAACUGCAUGGUUGGACUCAGAAAGUGGUACAUGGAUCCCGCCCUUGAUUCCAUGCUGAUAGACUGCAGAGCGGCCAGGGACUUGCUAUAUAUGCAGGCCUUGCAGGACAUUGAACAAGAAUGGGCCAAACCCACACAGGCACAGAGGGAGGAAUUAGAGGCUUUCCAGCAGGAAGGCAAUCAAACAAAGUUUUUGGAGCUAGCCCAGGAGGUCCAGCAUUACGGAUGCAUGCAGCUGGAUCCCUGUACCUGUGACUACCCAGAACCAGGCUGCAGGGCCAUCCUUUCUGUCGGCAAUCAUGAGGUCAGCUGCUGGAUCACCCUGCCUGACAGCCAGACCCAGAAAGUGGUUUUCCAGAUGAGCAGGGUGAAGUGCUGGCAGGUCACUUUCCUUGGGUCUCUGCUGGAUAUUGAUGGGCCCCAGCAAACUGUCAACCAGAAUUUAGAGCUCAGAUUUCAAUACAGUGAGGACAGUCACUGGCAGUGGUUUGUUAUUUACACCAAACAGGCUUUUUUGCUGAGUAGCUGCUUGAAAAAGAUGAUCUCAGAGAAGAUGGCAAAGCUAGCUGCUGAGAGUUCAGAAAUGCAGGUUGAAGUUCCAGAACAAGGCAAAAGGAAAAUAUACCACGUGCUCCAAAGCCAGCAAAAAGAGUAUUCUAGUUUUCUACCAAGGAAAAGCAAGAUUAAGAGAGCUGAAGAUGACUGUGUUUGGGGGACCAUAAAGGAAGCAGAUCUUUGA